AUGGCACACAAGGAAGAAAGGAAAACAAGCAUGCAUUUUGGACGCAUUCAAGAAGGAAAAGAUGAGUCACUAAGAAGCUAUGUGAAGCGCUUCAAUCUAGAGGCGGGACAGAUCCCAGAUCUUCUCGACGGCGUCUCCUUCGAUAAUUUUAUCAGGGGACUAAAGAAAGGAUCAUUCAAGUUUCACUUAGUUAAGAAGAGUGUUCGGGCUAUGGCUGAAAUAUUGGAUGAGGCUGAAGCAUUUAUCCACGCAACAGAAAUAUGCAGCGCGUCCAAAGAUGGAAAGACUGGUGAGGCAACAGAUUCCUCAGGGAAGAAAGACAAGAUAGACAGAAAAGCCCCACGAGUAAAUGGUACUUGGGCUCUUUCGAAAGAACAUGAUACCAAUUCUCCUGGACACAAGAGAGAACGUCCACAAGAAAGAGAAUAUUUCGAGUACAACACGGACCUUCUCACGAUACUAGUGGACGUCGGGACCAGGUUCGACCUUGAACGGCCUUUCCCCAUGAAGUCUCCUGCUGAGAGUCGAGACCCUAAGUUGUAUUGCCAGUUCCACGAGGAUAUAGGGCAUGACACCAAGAACUGCAGAAGCUUGAAUAGAGCUCUGGACGGCCUAGCCUCCAAAGGACACCUAAAGAACUACAUGCAAAGGAGUACUCAUGGCUCGGGGAAGAACCAGUACAAAAAGAACAAGUCACCUGUCUCACCUACAGAGGGAAAUCACAGCUAA